GGCGCCCGCCCACUUCCACCAGCUGCUCGUGAGCUGCAUGAGGGCGCAGCGGCUGCAGCCAGCCUCGCUGCAGACCGAGCACACCGCCCUCGCGUUGUCUGUGCCGCCGUCGAUGGAGGCGGCCGGGCUUGAGGUCGACGCGCACGCGCUCGACCUCGUCAUCGGCGUGCACGCCGCCGGCCUGCGGCUGCACACGACACUUCGGCUGCUCGCUGCUCGGCUCGCUGCAGCGGCGAGGUCUCUGCACGGCGAGUACGCUCUGCCGCACACGGGCCGCGCGCACGCCUUUGCGCUGCAGCUCUGCGACAAGAUACACCGCGCCGGCGAGCCGGGUGCCGCCUCCGUGCUGCGCAUGAUGGAGGAGGCGGGGCUGCCGCCGUCCGACGAGCAGCGGGCGCUGCCGGCGACCAUCGCCGCGCGCAAGUUCACGCCGCACGUCGCGCUGCCGCGUUUGCCCGCGCUGAGCUACUCGGCGCGGCGCGGCGGCUUCGUCCGGCCGGAGGAGGCGGUCUCGCCCGCCACCAAGGCCGCAUGGACUCUCACGCGGGCGGGGCGGGCGCAGCACCGCCGCCGGCUCGGCUUGCCCGAGCGGCGGCGAGCGCUGCCCCCUGGCCGCGCUAGCGGCCGCCAACGCUCGCUGCUGGACGGCGGGGACGAAGAGGGGCGCGGGUAGAGCGGCUUUACAUAUUACAAACCGCCA